UACUCUAAGAGGUGUAAUUAUUUUCCUAUAUUUUAGCCAAAAUUUGGUAGCCUGAUAGAUAGCUCAGGCAGUAUCUCUCUCUCUCUCUCUGUGUUUCGUGCGGACCGUUGUGUAUAUUAAUAUAGAUUCACGUGUGUUUGUCAACCUGGAUUUGUCGGUCAAAUCUUUACUCUCUCUCACAACACAAGGCAAAAUUAAAAAGAAAAAAGAAAAAAAAAACAUAUAUAGAAAUUAUAAAAGAAAAGAAAAAGAAAAGGGGGGGAUUGUGCUUUCUUGACUUGUCAAGAAGAAAGAUUUGUGUUUUGUGUGAUCACAUUUAUAAAUUCUGGAUAGGGUUUUUGUUUUCUUUUUCCUUUAUAUAGUCUCUCUCAGGUUUCUUCUCCUUUUCUCAUUAUCAUCCAAUAAAAAUACCCUUCUUUCUUUCUCUCUUUCUUGAAAACUAUGGAGCUCGCAUUGAGCUUAGGUGAUGCUUCUAAGCCUUUCAAGUUUCUUGAUAAUACUACUCCUAAGAAUAACAAGAUGAUACCCAAUAAAGAUCUAGGGUUUUGCAUGGGCUUAGCUACUUCUGGUUUUGCUCCAAGGUCUCAAGAUAAAACUCAUGAUCAUAGCCAUGAAGGCGAUGAUGAUGAUGGUGAUCGGAGAAGGGUUCUCUCCUCAGAUCGUCCUGUUCAGCUUGAUCUUUUACCUUUCUCUCCUGUGCAUCCAGCUCGGAGACAAAUCCCUUUUCCUUGGCUUUCAGAUAACAUGGUGUCUGAACCGGGUUCAACAGAUGGAUCAGGAGGAGAUAGAGGGUUUGAUGUGAACAGGUUGUCAGUGGAAGAGGCAGAAGAAGGAGCGACACUGUCGUCACCAAAUAGUGCUGCGUCGUCGUUUCAGAUGGAUUUUGGGAUUAGAAGCAGCGGAAUUGGUCGAGGAAAUAAAAGAGAUAUGGAGUGUUUUGAAGCUGAGAGAGGUAGUUCAAGAGCAAGUGAUGAUGACGAAAAUGGAUUGACUCGCAAGAAACUUAGACUCUCCAAAGAGCAAUCAGCUUUUCUUGAAGAAAGCUUCAAAGAACACAAUACCCUUAAUCCUAAACAAAAGCUAGCUUUGGCAAAGCAAUUGAAUCUUCGUCCUCGCCAAGUAGAAGUGUGGUUUCAAAACAGAAGAGCAAGGACAAAGUUGAAGCAGACGGAGGUAGAUUGUGAGUAUUUAAAGAGAUGCUGUGAGAUGCUGACAGAAGAGAACAGGAGGUUGCAAAAGGAAUUGCAAGAAUUAAGAGCCUUGAAAACUUCGCAACCUUUCUACAUGCAACUUCCUGCCACCACUCUCACCAUGUGCCCUUCCUGUGAGCGCGUGGCCACCACUACUACUUCCUCUUCCGGCACCACCACAACCACCACCAACAACAACAACGGCAGCAGCAAGAACAAUAACCCAGUUGCCACCACCGCAGCUACCACCCCAAGUUCUACAGCAUUGUCACUAGCUAAUAAGCCCAAGUUAUACCCUUUCAGCUCUCACUCUCAAACUCAGUUGCCUCAAGCUCAAUCUCACAAAGCUGCUUCGUGACUCAUUACCAAGGUGUAAUUACUGCCAAAAGGAAAAAAAAAAAAAAAAACAACAGCAAAAACAAACAAAUGAAAUUAAAAGAAAAGUGGAUAUCUCUACUUCCUUCAUCCAUUUUUGUAAAUAUUAUUAUGGCUUGGAGAAUUUCUUUUAUUUCUAUUUAUUUAUUUUUAUUUAAUUUUAUGUAGUUGAUUAGGGAAAUAGAGAAUUUCAAGAGUGGUUGAUGAUGAUUAGUAGUAUAUUAGAGAUUUUGUUAGAAAGAUCUCAAAUUUUGUGGGAAUUAAGUAGUUAAAGUUUACUAUCUAAUGUAAUUAAUUGAAUGUUAUAUUGAAAUAUAUAGUUUGAAGAAGUUUGUUCAUUAA